AUGGCAGAAGAAGCCCUACAAUCAACAAGUCUUAAAGCAAAUUUUCAUCGCUUGACACGAUUACUGAUGCGUGGAGGUGUGCAGCUUUUGCGGGAGACUUUAGACUCCAUUCACUCACCUGCUGAUCUUCCUUUGAGACUCGCUGAUCCUGCCAUACAGGCACAGCUGAAAGGAGCAGGACUUACCCGGCCAGAGAGGGCUUGUCUGUACCCAUCCACUGGGGUGUAUGGAAAGUCCAAGGAUUUUGACAUCACAUUAAUCUUCAAGUUAUUCAGGACAAUUUGCAGCCUGACCCCUCCCCCUGGACCGAGAGGAUGGGAUAAUUUACCAAACCUCUCAGACCACACUCUGGUGGCAGAUUUAGUUCGAAUAAAAUAUUAUCGAAAUGAGAUUUACGGUCACCGUCCCACUAUGGAAAUAGCUGACAUCGAUUUUACUCGUCUCUGGGAGGAAAUUAGAGAGGCUCUGUUAAGAAUUGCGACAAAUAUUAGUCCUUCAAAGAGAGAUAUGUGGAAGAAGUCCAUUGAUGAUCUUCUUUGUUAUCCUUUGACGCCAGAUGAUGAAAGAUGCAUCGAAGAGCUAGAGACUUGGUAUAAGGGAGACGUUGACGAUGAAUUGGAAAAGCUUAGAGAGGAGCUUAGAGAGGAGCUGAUAGAG